AUGUCGCGCUGGAACCUCGACAACCCGACCCCAUCGGCCGCCGUCGACCUGGGCUCGCCGUCCCGCUCCCGGCGCUCUCUGACGGCCUCGCAGCAGAGCCAGUUCGCAUCGAGCGUGUUUGGCUCCGUCCCGCAACCCCGGACCGGUCCGGGGGUGGCGGCGCGCGAUCUCGCCGCCCGCAUGCUGGACGGGGCGUGCGAGACAAAGCAGACUGCAUUCGAGUGGCCCGUCCAGCGUGUGCGCGCUCUUCAAGCACAGCUCGAGCAGGCCACAGACGCCGAGGAGGUGCACGACGUGCUCUCCGGCGACGGGUGCUACUUUGACGACUUGGCGUACAAGCUGCACUUAGAGCGCGCGCCCGAUGUGCACCUGACCCCGUUCGACGAGGUCCCUCCCGCCGCUAACGUCGACCCAAAGGUGACUCUGGCAAUCAUAGCGCUGUGGGCCAAGUACAGCGACCUGCCGCCCGACGAGGCGUUUGAGCGCUAUGUCUUCGUCGGGGUGAAGCGGUACGAGAGCGAGGACCAGCGCGAGCUCGGCGAGCCCCGGUGGCUGUGGACGACAAGCGCCAAGACGGAAUUCUCCAAGCGCAACGAGUACUGGGAGGUCACGCUGCCGAGUCUGUCGGAGCUGCUGCGCGACCCGGACGUGGCGGAGAAGGACGCGUUCUCGAUUCGCGUCGUCGUCAAGCAUGCGAGCGAGCCGAGCCUACCGCCCAUGGUUCAUGCCGACCAGCAAUUCAUCUCCCGCCGCGUCACACGCCAAGCCGCCAGCUUCCUCGACAGUGUCCGAACGGGUGACGUGCGCUUCCUCGUUCUCGAGCACGCCCCCGCUCCCGACUCGGACUCACUCGAGCCCCCAGACACCGAGCCGACAAGUGGUGGCAUGGCCCGACGCCGCGUCAUCUACGCCCACAGCGAGUUACUCCAACACACUGAUUACUUCAAGGCUGCGCUCGGCCCCAGCUGGUCCGAGGGCUCUGAUGCAGGCAUUCGCACGCUGAGUGUCGACGAUGCUUCCUUCGGAACGCUGUACUGGGUCCUGCGGUGGCUGUACACGGACGAGAUCCGCUUCGGCCCCGAGCCCGUCCGCACGGUCAUGGAGCAUGUGCGCCUUGACCCGGCCGCCGCCGCUCGCGUGCUGAGGGGAGAAGGGUGGGACUGGACAUCCCUUGACGAGGACGAGCGGCUGCCGCUCGCCAUCGGGCGUACCCCCAGUGCCACCUGUACCCGCCGCCCCAAGUGCGUCCAGCACCGUCCCAUCAAAGUCGACACAGAACCGCCUGAACUCGCCCCCGCCUCCCCCGCCGCCGCAACCCGACACGACACCAAAGAAGCAGGCCCCCUCGAACUUACCCCGCAUCGCAGGCGGAGCGCGGAAGAAGCCCGCCGCCGCGCCGAGUCCACGCGCCUACGCGCCCAGGCGCUCGCACGCGCCGACGCCGACCCGCACGCACACCCGACCCCGCCUCCGCCGCCACCGAGUCCGCUCGCCGCAUUCCUCCUCGCGCACCGGUAUGGGCUCGACGACCUGCAGGUACUCUGCAGAGACACGCUCCUCCGGCAGCUCACGCCCGAUACCUGUGUUGCGAGCCUGCUCGCGACCUAUGCCUUCCCGGAACUGCACGCGGCCAUCCUCGAUUAUGUUAGCGACAACUGGGCCGACGUGACGCAAUCCCCCGAGCUUGAGCGGUGCUACCAGGAAGUCUCGGCUGGUGUAUGGGGCGAGAACCACGGCGGGCAGGUGCUGCUCGGCCUGACGAGGCGGCUGACCGGUAUGACCCUUUGA